AUGUCUGUUGCAACUAACACAUAUGAUAUCGAUGAAAUGGCUGAUAGAAUAUAUUCUAGAAUUGCACGAAGUACUAGGAGACAUGAAAAUCUAAGAGAGGGUUGCUCUUCUGGAGAGUUUAAAAAAUACAACCCUCUUACCUUCUCUGAGGAGCCAGAUCCAGUGGUAGCAGAAAAAUGGUUAUUGAGAAUGAAGAAAAUGUUAAGAGUGUUGAAUUGCAUUGACACACAGAAGGUUCGAUAUGCUACUUUCACCUUAAAGGAUAUUGCUAAGAGGUGGUGGGAUAGUAUAGAAUUACUAUUAAAAGAAGAACUUGGCAAAGGUACUUCCAUUACUUGGGAUAAACUCAAAGAAGCUUUCAAUGAUAACUAUUAUCCUGAAGUGGUAAAGGAUCAAAAGGAAAGUGAAUUUUCAAACUUAGUUCAAGGGCCCAUGACUAUAGAGCUAUAUACUGCUAAGUUUACUGAACUCUCCCAUUUUGCCCCUCACUUGAUUCUGAAUAAAGGGGAAAGAGUUUGA